AUGCUCAAGUGGAGUUCUGGGAGGAGGCGACAACAGGCAUUCCUCACAAGUACUUUCUGCCCAACAUCCCGGAUAGCCCGCGGGCCUAUUUCACGAGCUUCCGAAAUAAUAUCAGCCAGCAGGAGUUUGAUGCCGUCAAGUUCCGCAUUGAGACGCAGGAUUGCCACGGGCCACAGAUCCUCGGGCUCACGGCUCCCGUCAUCGAUCAAGACAAUGCUGCUGGCGCCAACGAGAGCACGGAGACCCUUGAGUUCUACCGAUCGCUGGCUGCAGCCUGCGAAGGGGGCGUCUACCUCCCGAGGUAGACUUUGGCGAGGAGGACUACUGGCAAGAGGUGUUGCAGCUGACCUUUUUGCCAUCGCAGGAGGAGGAGGAGGACCGGAACCGUUGUCUAAUUUGGAACUCAGGUUUGAUGAUUUGACAUCAGGACUGUUGGUUCCUGUUGUUGGGACCAAGGGCCAACAAGAACGAGCCCUGUUUUCUGGCGCUCUGGGGCGAAGUUCAAAAUACCAGCAGUUCCUCAAGUAA